GGGCUGUCGUUUGGCCAAAUGGCCUGGGAGUUGCUGUAACCACUUUCCAUAUCUGAAAUAAGGAAACAACUGAAAAUGUCUCAGAAUCCUGACAAGCCGCAUUCAAGCGAAGAAAAGUUGAGUGGUUUGGAGGAUGGUCAGGAGAGCCUGGACAACCCGGAUCAGUCUAUCAGAAAAAGAAUACGACAGAGUGCUCCAGGUUCAUGCAGAGAUGAUACACCAAAGUCUAGCCCUCCUCGGCCUGUGUCGGUGGAAGAGCUAAUGGAAGCAGCCAAGGGAGUAACCAACAUGGCACUAGCACAUGAAAUUGUUGUUAAUGGAGACUUCCAGAUCAAACCAGCUGAGUUACCAGAACACAGCUUGGAAAAAAAAGUAAGAGAUAUUGUGCAUAAAGCUUUCUGGGAUUGUCUGGAAGCUCAGCUAAAGGAGGAUCCACCAACAUACGACCAUGCAAUUAAACUAUUGGGAGAAAUCAAAGAGAAUCUCCUUUCUUUCUUGUUGCCUGGCCAUACAAGACUAAGAAAUCAGAUUACAGAAGUUCUUGAUCUGGACUUGAUAAAACAGGAGGCAGAGAAUGGGGCCCUGGACAUUUCUAAGUUGGUAGAAUUUGUUAUUGGAAUGAUGGGGACUCUCUGUGCUCCAGCUCGAGAUGAAGAAAUAAAGAAAUUGAAAGAUAUUCAUGAAAUAGUUCCUCUGUUCAGAGCAAUUUUCUCUGUGUUAGACCUAAUGAAAAUGGAUAUGGCAAACUUCGCUGUCAGUAGUAUUAGGCCAAAAUUAAUGCAGCAGUCUGCUGAAUAUGAAAGAAAGAAGUUUCAGGAGUUUCUUGAGAAACAGCCAAAUUCCUUAGACCUUGUCACGAACUGGCUGCAAGAAGCAGCAGAUGAUCUUGUGAAGCUGAGAAGUAACAAGUUACCUCCCCACGGUAGUGGUGAUGGUGCUGCUGGUGAAGCUUCUGCAUUGUGCUCCACUGCUGUACAAAAUCAAGCGUAUCUGAAGCUACUCAGGUGGGAUCACAUCAACAGGCCUUUCCCAGAAACAGUGCUAAUGGACCAGAGCCGCUUUCAGGAAAUACAGCUGGAACUGGAACAACUCCUCUUGACUGGGACUGUCCUUUUGGUCACGUUCAGUGCAGCAGGCUCAGCACUUGUUGAUAUUCCUGGAUUUGCUGAGAAAAUCAAAACCAUUGUCAAGGUGCUGCUGACAGGAAUGCAUCUUCCCUCCUUUAACCUGAAGGAAUCUUUGGCUACCAUCGGUGAAAAAGUGUGCGCUGAAGUCAACAGCUGCCUUUCCCAGCAUGGGUUUACACCAUUCACAGCUGAGAGAGAGACUGUACUUAAAGGACAAAUCCAAGCAGUGGCCAAUCCCGAUAACACCAUAUGUAAGCUAAUAGAUUCUCGAAUUCAAAAGUUUCUGGAGAAUUAUCUUGCAUCUAGUCACCAGAAAUCAUUACCCGCUAUUCCUGGAGGAUUAGGUCCUAUUCAAAGAGAGCUGGAAGAGAUUGCUGUCAAGUACGUCCGCCUUGUCAACUACAACAAAAUGGUCUUCAGCCCUUAUUAUGAUGCUGUUCUUGCCAAAAUACUGACUAAGGAAGAAUCCCAACUUGUAGGGAAGUCGAAAGAACCAUAAUCGCAGUUUGUGUGCUACCAAUACAGUAUUAAAUUUGUCAGCUAUUAAAAAAAUGCACCAGUACUUGUCUAUGAAAACAGCUUUCCAUGUAAACACCAGUUCCUUUUAACUCACUAGUCAUGACUGAUGAGGAAAAUCAAUAAAUUGCGACAAGGGUUCUGAAGGAAAUGAUGAAAGAGAGAUGCAUUUUUAAUGUAAGUUUGCAACGUUGGGAUGGGGAAUGUCCUGGUAGUUUUCUGGCUGCAAUUUUUAGAUUUUUGAGCGGGUGCUAGGUAGGGUAAGUUUAAGAACUAAACUAUGUUUUUAAGUGGAUCAUUUUAGGGCUUUCUACUCUAAUUUAUUAUGAAUUUAUUUUAAUUCAUUCAGAGAUUAACAGUGGUCCUUUCCUGCAGAGGUGAUUUGGCUUUAAAAAGAUCUUACUUUAAAGACUUAAGAAGUAAGCUAAAAUUGUAGAUAGGAAAAACUUUAACAGGCAGAAAACAAAGCCAAACAGCACUUUACUGUAACUUUAUGGUUAGUAUGGUAGACUACUAGUUUUUUCUGCAUUUUUGAUAGCAUUUUUUUGCUGUUUACCUUCAGAUGUUACAAAACACAAUAUAUUUUUGUAGCAAAUUUUCUGGUUAUUGGGUAACUGUCCUCUGCUUUGUACAGUACUUACAAAGGUGGCAAUCUUAUAGAUUGCAGCUGUUAUUUAUCUCUUGUAAAGUCUUCAGAAAGGCAGAGCUAAAAUGUUUUGAUAAAAGUGGCAUUUCUUACCUUUUUUUUUGCAAGUAGUUUACUCCUUUUUAUGUGAAAUAGUACUUUUAAAGUAAAUCUUUGUCAUUUUCAGAAGGUGGAUUUUAAGUGUGUGAAAGUUCAGGCUGAAAAUUUUACUUGUUUUUUAAAACUACAACUUGAGAUGGUUGCAUAUUCAAUCGUGUUUUUGAAACUAUCCAGGAAGUGCAGAGCACUAUCAGAAGUGUGCAUGCAUUUAAAUUUACAGUGGGAAGUUAAUUAUUUCAUGUUAGUUUGAAUACAAAGGGAAUAUUUUCAAAUUUUUUUUAUUUUAUAGUGGUGUUCUUGAAACUUGAAAUAUUUUUAGAUACUGCAUUUAAUUAGUAACAUGUUAUAUAGAUGAUUGUUCACAGAAGAGCUCAGUGAUCUCACAGCCUUAUUGCAAUUUCAAACUCAGCUAGGAGGUAAGUACCCUUUGAACUUUUCCAUUAGUUAUUGGGCAUAACGCUGUAUUACAGUAAUCAAAAUUUGAUGAAUUAAUUAAAACAAGUUCAUAAUUAAUAAUAGCAAGUGUCCUAAAUGCUAGACUGUAUCCAAAAUAGAAUGUGUGUUCCUCUUUAAAUACAUAUAUAUAUGUAAAAUAAAUAAAUGGCCCUUCUAUUGCUAACAUCCAGGUUUGUUUUAUUAAUCAACUAGUCAACGAAAAUAAUAGGCCUUCUAGAAGGAAGCACUUAAUUAUGAAUCAUUGUUGAUGCUUUCCUUUCCAGUUUUGCUUUAGAUGUCAGCAUGGAUAUAGCUGCACUAAAUUUGAGUUUGGAUGAAGACCUUUUGUUCUUUAUUAGCCUGUGCAACUAUUAAACCAUUUUUUUCUCAUUCAUUACAAACCUGCCUUCCCCAAAUGGAAAAAAAGAAACAGAUCUCUGUAGCAAGAGAUCGCCAGCUCAGACAAGUGAUUUUCCCUUGGCUAAGUUUACUCAAAUAGUAAAAUGGAUGUCUGUCUUUGCAUCUUGCUUUGGUAACUCAAAAAUGGGUAGGUCUUUGAUGUGGUCUAUUUAUUUGUUUGAAUCAGCUAAGGUUACUACAAAGGCCUUUAAGAUUGCUGCAUCUGCUUAAUGUACUUUGUUAUUAGUGCAGAUUCCACCUUAAAAUACAGUAUCUAGCUCUGCAGCUCCAAAAAAUUAAUUCAGUGGUCAGGGUAACAAAAAAGCUACCCAAAACAUCAUUUCUAGAGUUCGAAAAAAAAAAAAAAAGAAAGAAAAAGAAAAACAGAAAAAUGUUUUACUUCUUAUAAUUGAGUGUUGCUGAAGUUAGAAAUUGCUGCUAUUCCACCUUUUACUAUUGCCUAGAGGCUUCUUUUAAAGGCCCCUGUGAACUAAGCAUAUUACUAAAAGUGAGAUGCUGUAGGUGAUGGUCUGAAGGAUGUGGGAAGGGGGAACAACAUCAUGGUGAAACAACAUAGCUGGAAAAGUAUGUGACUGAUGACAGAAUGAAUGGGACUACAUUAUGAAUAGAUAAAAUUAUACUUACUUAAUCUAGGCGAUGGUUGCUCCCAGUUCUGGAAUUCAGGGUCCACAACUGCCAGCUCCUGCUUACUCUGACAUCAAGGCAUGGAUUGUGCUGCUGCUAAUGCAUGCGUAUUGCUUGCUGGGUCGAUACAGUAAGUCUCAUCUCUCCUCUCAGUAGGGGUUUGCUGUAAAAAAAAGUCUUCAUAUAGAAAAAAGUGCAAUACUUACAGCUGGCUCCUCUCUCACCUUUGGGGUUACACACUGGGAACGAGUGCCUCAAUUUUUGUAAGCUUUUGCAGGCCUUUCAGCAGUAAAAGAUCGAAAGAGGCUGUAAUAAAUACCCACAAGUAUAAAUUCCAUUAAUGAUUUUUCCCUGUUUGUUUUUUAAUGAUAGUGGUUGACAAAUGGUUUCUCCACAUGGUCUUUAAAAGAAGUAGGCAAAUAUCAUUAAGUGACAAAGCAAAAAAGAAAUACUAGGAUUGAUAAGAUCAGACCUUACCUCCACGUGAGUAUUUAUAUGGGUAUACGUAUGUUGUUUCCAUCAUUCAGUCUGGUAGAUAGCAGCAGUGACCUGCAGUCAUCUCUACUGCUGGUGGUGGAAUUGUCUUCCAACUUGCCUGACAAGUACCUUAAUUCCUGUAGUUCAUGGGGGUUCUUGUGGUCUUACAAGAAUGCAGUUCUGAAUAGUCGAUUACAAGUUAAAAUCUAAAGUAUACAUAGAAACUGCUUCAAAAGUUCAUAUAGCCUUUUUUUUAAGCUUAUUUGAAAAUAAUAAAUUAAACUAUGUAGCUAAUAUAUUAACAUUUAGCUUUGUAUAUAUUAUUAAGUGAAAGACCAAUGCAGAUAUAUCCAGGAACAGAUUGUGUUAGCUAGUAUGCCUGGGCAAUCAGCAUUAGAUUUCUACCAAGUAUGUCUUACGAUGGUGUCUUCUUUAAACAGUCAUGGAAUUAAAAGCAAAAAUAUAUUGUAUCCUCUGGAAGAAUUGAAAAAAAA